UUGUCCUUCAGGUGAUCCUGGAGUUGAGUUGCCACUAUCUUUCUCAAGAACUUUGGAGAGAAAAGUUACUUCUGAGGUAUUUGAAAAGAGAAUGUGUACACAUGGCAUCCUGGACAAACAACGUCAGAAUCUGAAUAAACAUAUGGUACUGAUGUCAACACUGGUGUGAAAACGGCUACAAGGCUAACUAUCUGGCAGCAUUUUUGGCAAGUAGGCCUAAGUCUGCAUUAAACUGCAUAUGAUGAAUAUGAUCUGAUGAUUUGGACCUUACAACAGGUAAGUACAUAUAGCCCCAUAUGCUUUCAAAAGCCUUGGAUUUAAUCCCAGCUGAAACCAGGAAGUGUUUGUGUAAGUAUUCAACAAAAAGGAUUUUGGUUAUAGUAUGUAUGUAGUAAAUGGUACAUAAACAGGUAAGCUAAAUACAUAAGACACACACAUGCCAUUGUGAGCCCAACAUCACACACUUGUUGUGCAAUUGGCGUGAUUUCAGAUUUCUCAAGGAAUGGUAGCUUGAGUACAGCAGCGCAUUUCUGCCAAAACACUCUAAACAGACUGUGAUAAGUCACAGUCUGUUGCCUAAAACCUAAGCUCCCGGAGGUGUGUGAGCAUCUCCUAUGUAGGAGGAAAUAUUUGCAGCUCAUCAGAAGAAGGAAAGGAAGGAAAUUACCCGGGUUUGACCCGUGGGCAUGAGAACCCGAAUAUGGUAUGGGCACUGUAACCAGUUGCGCCACAGCGCCCCCCUAGUUGACGUUCAUUUAAUGUAACAUGACCUCCCAAAAACUGACAAUAAGAGAACACAUAAUUUUGCGAGUCUCGAGUGCCUCUGACAUUCCUGAUUUUGGUAUGCCUUCCAGAAUGACGACCUGUGUUUACCAUGUAGACAACAGAUCUCCACAGGAGGUAUCACCACUCAACUUGAAUCAAUGGAUGCCACCCCUCAAUGAUCUACCUAUAACAGACACAGAGGAAUAAAAGAGGAAAAACACAGGCAAAAACAGACCCCAUAAAAAUGUUGACCGUUCCCAACAGGAGGCCUGUGAGACGGAGGGAAGAACUAGGUCAUUUUGGCAGAGAUGUUACAUUAGCUCUGUAUGUGUAUGAAUACCUGCUGCACGUUGGAGCCCAGAAGUCAGCACAGACAUUCCUCUCUGAGAUACGUUGGGAGAAGAACAUCACACUCGGCGAGCCUCCAGGAUUCCUUCACUCCUGGUGGUGUGUGUUCUGGGACCUGUACUGUGCAGCACCUGAGAGAAGAGAGACAUGCGAGCACUCCAGCGAGGCCAAGGCCUUCCACGAUUACAGUGCGGCGGCAGCUUCCAGCCCCGUCAUCGGGCACAUCCCCCCAGGAGAGGGCAUGCCAGUGGGACCCGUACCUCCAGGAUUCUUCCAGGGCUCCUCUGGCUCACAGUCCUCACCUCAUUCACAGCAUCCAUCACAUAAUCACAUGAUGGGCCCCCAUACUCAGCCUUUCAUGUCACCAAGGUACCCAGGUGGGCCCAGGACCCCCCUCAGAAUACCCAAUCAGGCACUGGGUCCCGGAAACCAGUCCUUAUUACCAGGUGGAAUGGACCCAAGACAAGGUCACCCAAAUAUGAGUGGGCCGAUGCAGAGGAUGGUGCCUCCCAGGGGAAUGGUCCCCAUUGGCCCUCAGAACUAUGGCGGAGGAAUGAGACCCCCCCUCAGUGCUCUGGUAGGCCCAGGAAUGCCUGGAAUGAAUAUGGGUCCUGCUGGAGGGAGGCCUUGGCCCAAUCCCCCUAAUGCCAACACAAUCCCGUACUCCUCAGCCUCUCCAGGGAGUUAUGUGGGACCACCUGGAGGGGGGGGUCCCCCUGGUACACCCAUAAUGCCGAGUCCAGCAGAAUCUACAAACUCUGGAGACAACAUGUACACCAUAAUUAACACAGGCCCCCCAGCUGCAAACAGACCAAAUUUCCCUAUGGGUGCUGGAGCUGAGGGGCCCAUGGGUAGCAUCACAGGAAUGGAGCCCCAUCACAUGAACGGAUCACUGGGAUCUGGUGACAUCGACAGUCUGCCCAAGAACUCUCCUGGGAACUUGAGCAUGAGUAAUCAGCCAGGCACGCCACGAGAUGACGGCGAGAUCGGAGGGAACUUCCUGAAUCCCUUCCAGAGUGAGAGUUAUUCUCCUAACAUGACAAUGAGUGUGUGAGGUGGGGAGAGAACCUGGGCUGACCAAUGAAAGUGUUUCAUGACAACAGGAGAUUUCCACGGCCACUGAAGUCAUCUUUUCCAGGGGGGCAGCUGGAUUCAGCUCACUUUUUCUUUUUUUCCCCCCAAUAAUUUAUUUGUCCCUGGUGAAGUGGUGAUGGCCUUACACAGACUUCAGCUGGAGGACUAAAGGAAUGCAGCAAGCCAAAUAAAACUGUCAAAGAGGGAGGGAUAUGUAAGGAGGACAGGAAAACAACUUCAUGUAAAUCUGUGUCACUGUGUUUACACAUUCCAAUGUCUAUUCGUCCAGAAAGACUCUGAGAUAUACACAACGGUUUCUAAGACGACAGCACAUGGAGUCCUCCGGAAACUUGUUUACUGGAGUCUCAGUCUGUGGUUUUUAAAUCCCGGAUCACUGACCAUUUCUCACAUCAACACAAACAGACAAAAGAAGACUCAUUUCAAGUAAAAUGUGUGGCUGUAUGGAUCUGACUUCAGAUUUGAGAAAUGAGAAAUGGUGGCAACUCAGAAUUCCAGAUGAGAGCAACACAAUAGCCUUCAGUGAACUGACAAGAGUCAACGCUAUUCUCUCAGUGGAAUUCUCUCCGCCAUUUUUUAUCCUGUGUAUGUGGGUGUGCAUCAGUGUGUUACUCCACGGGGCAAUCCAGUAUUGUGGGUUUGGUUAUGUGUUGUGUUUCUGGUGUCAUCUGUUGCCAAUGCAUUAACAUGACAAUCAUUAUUUCCCUUACUAUUAAUUUAAUUAUUAAGUAUCUUGAUUUCCAAAUUAUAUCAUAAAAUGACUACAAAGCACACAUUCUCACAGAUAUUGGUAUUGAUAUUUGUUUGUUUAUCACUGAUGGAUUAAAACAUGGCUGAAUCGUAAACAUAGCUCUGACUUGGAUAAAUCACGAAAUUUGGCAAGUGUUGGAAGUCUGAUGAGAAAACAAAUGAAUUCAAUGAAUCAAACAUUACAGUAUAGUCACUUUUUUAAUCUUUUGUCUUUCCCAGUAAUCAAGUUGUCUCUUCAGUUUUACUAUUUAUUCAUCACUUCAGUCUUGGACAUUUCUGUUGAAAGUUAAGUUUUAAGUUAAGCUUUAACUUUAGCUUUUUAUUCCACUGUUCCUUGUUCAUGUAUUCAUUUUUGCACAAAUGUCAGAAUUGCGCAAUCAUGACUUAAUCAUCAGUACCUUUGUGAUUUUUCUCCACAAUUCUGUUUGUGAUAUGUAGGUAUUUUGAAGUUAGGGGGCAUCUUAAUGACUUUGUGUAAAUAUUUUGAAAAGUUUUGGAUGCCAGCAUAAAUCUUGUAACUGUGUGUAUG